UUAACAUCUUUAGUUCAAUACCUUAUUCCAAAUUUUGAUUAAGAAGCUUGUUUUAUCGAUUAUGGUACAUGUAUUUUUAUGUUCAUUUUUAGAGGAAGAUGCAUCGAGUAUUUGCUGUUUUCAUUAUAGGAGUGUUGCUAGUAAAUCUUGUCCUUUGCGGUUCUGUUGGUACUUUAAAUGGCACAGCAUCUGGAACUCAUUCAGGAUCAGGAGGAACAGGAGGUGGUGUUAAACCAGUAGUAACCAAAACAACAGGCAAACCAGGUGGUGCUGGUGGCGGUGGUGGCGCAGCAGGAUUAACAGGAAGCGUGCUGUUAUCCUUGUUACCUUUGGGCGUUUACGGCGUUUUAAAACUGAGUUAGCAGAAAUAGUGUCGACAACGAACUGUAUUUCUCCAGAGAGUUUGUGACAGCUAGAUUGAAAAUUUGGAUAUGUAAUAAAAAAUAAUUAUUUUGAAACAGAUAAUUACUUUUUUCCAAAUUGGCGAUGGACUGCAAAAUAUGCAUAUUAAAUGGAUUUUUGGUGAUCUGGAUUCUGAUUUUCACAACGAAUCCUUAAUUUAAUUUUAAGUUUUGUCUUUUAUUAGAGACUUUACCUUUAGCGGUCGUUUUGACUUUGAGGAUUUUAUUGGGAAUCUUAUAGUGUUAUAUUUGUUUGAAUGUUUUUUUUAAAUCUAGACUUUCCCGUGGCAGAGGCCCGUCAUGAGCUUUAUACAUUAAUAUUUUUGUAGUUAUUAUUCACCUUGAAUUUUACUUCAUUUUGGUAUUUCAGUGCUAUAAAAAAUUUUGUUU